GGCAACCGAAGGAUUCGAUUAAGAUCCUGGAUGAAAUAAGAUUGUGCCCUAAACCGAAGCAUGUCAGGGAUACCAAAUGCAGAAGCCGAAGGAGUAGUCUCCAAAGUAAAAGUGAAAAAGGAGAUCAAGACAAUCGUGGAGAAUUUGGAAACCAUUCUCGGAGACCUUAAGGAUGUAGCCAAGGAACUCAAGGAGGUUGUGCACGAGAUCGACACCCUGACCUGCGACCUGCAGCUGGAGGAGGACGGGCUCACGGACAGCUCCAAGACGGACACGCUGAACUCCAGCUCCAGCUCCGCCACCACCACCACCACCGCCUCCAGCCUGGAGAAGAUGAAGCUCAGCCUGGACGAAGGCGUCUUCAGAUCGCCACCGCCCGUCACGCCGGUCCCCGUCAACCCUCCCGCGGUGUUGACGGUGCUGAAAAAAACCAACCCUCCCCUACCCCCACCCAGACUAACUUCUAUGAAAGCGGAGGACCACAACACGAAGAACCUGCCUCACCCUACGUUGGUGCUAUCAGGGAACCUUUCCAAGGCCAACGGGCCCCUGCUGAGGAACGGCGGCGGGGUUUUCCCGGCGAAACCAAACAGGGAGUUGUUCUCCCCCUUAUCCUGCUGCGUCUCCGGGGACGCCGGGGUCCCCGAAUCGGGACUGGUGCCCACAUUGCCCAGGCCAAUGCCUCUGCUCCACCACGAAAAGAACAAAUGCCCCCAGGCCCCGGGCAGGGAGCCUCGGGAACGGGAGCGGGUGCGCUUCAGCGAGAAGGUCCAGUACCACGGCUACUGCCCCGACUGCGACCUCCAGUACGACGUGGACAACGCGGACCUACACCUUCCGGCGGAGCUGAGCGACGUCAGGCUCAGCCCCGUGCAUCACUGCUCUUCUUCCUCCUCCGCCGCUCCCUCUCACGCGCCCCCACCCCACGAACUGAAGUUGGAGAACGGCGGCCUCUCGGUCAGCCACAGCUUCCCGCCGACGGCCAACGCCCCCUCGCCUUGCGUGCCUCCUCACCCUCCCUCCCUAAAGCCCCAGAAAACAAUCCUGCGCAAAUCGACCACCACCACGGUUUGA